GUGUAAAUGGAAGGUUUAAUCAUGAGUGGCCAGUAAUUAUUUGGCGCCACGUGGCAUGUUGUUAUGAUAGUUUCGGUUGUUCGUGUCCUCUUUUAACGGUUCACAUCAUGGGACGUUACCUUUUUUGUUCGAACAUGGCUACACUACACACGAUCAUGUCGCUUUGCCUGUACAAAUCUAGCCUUGUCUCUUACUCAACUAUGAAAGACAUGUCGUUUUCUAGGGAGUUUGUCCUACGUGGAACACACAAGCCUCAAAAGGCAAUCAAUCUUCACCACCUGUCCUGAUAUUUCCACGCCACACCCCCUCCAUUGGAAGUGCAUGGUGGGCCCAAUACUUUACAGGCAAAAAGACUACCCUUCCAUCUCCUGCCACGUAGAAAAACCCCAAACUCAUUCACACGUACUAAAUCAGUUAUUCACACGUGCCAACUCACCGCCUAUAAAUUCCUGCCACUCUAAAAUAUCGCAGCAGUUAGUAGCAGUAGCCGUAGACGAAGAUAAAAAAUCAGCAUAAAAAAAAAAGGAUUCCAUCCUUCUCCGGAAUAUUCCUUCUAAGGAGAAAACAAGUUUGUAAUUUUGUUAAUAUAUAUUUUUGAUGCCGUAUCUUGUACGCGAGAAUCUUUUCAUCGGAAACAUAAGCGACGCGGCGGAGGUUCUGCAAAACGGAAGUGCGGAAAUAACGCAUAUAUUAUCGGUUUUAAGUUCCGUGUCGAUAUCGUUCUUUACGGAAUGGAGAAGCGGAGUCAUAAUUCCGACGAAGGAGAUAAAGAAAGUGUGUGUCGGUGAUGAGUGGAGGAGUUGUUUGGCGGUGAAUAAGGUUUUGUAUUCGUUAGAGUAUGCAGGGAAGGAAUUGAAGCUAGUGAGAAUGGCGGUGCCGAUUAGGGAUAUGGAGAGUGAGGAUUUGUUAGAUUAUUUGGAUGUUUGUUUGGAUUUUAUUCAGAAGACUAGAAAAGAAGGAGCUGUUUUGGUGCAUUGUUUUGCUGGCGUUUCGAGAAGUGCAGCUAUCAUUACAGCGUACUUGAUGAAAAGUGAGCAAUUAUCUCUUGAAGAUGCUCUUGAAUCCCUAAGGCAAAGCUGUGAGUCUGUUGGUCCCAAUGAUGGCUUUUUAGAACAGUUGAAAAUGUUUGAGGAAAUGGGCUUCAAGGUUGAUCAUGCUAGUCCCAUAUACAAGCGGUUUCGCCUGAAAGCACUGGGUGAGUUUUACAACCGCGGAGAGAAGAUAGACAGUUCUAAAUUUGGGGCAGAUCCUGGUGUACCUACACAAGUCUCCUCUGAGGAAGAAGCAUCUCCAAAUGGAGGGGAAAAAGGUAUUCCUGCAUACCACUGCAAGAAGUGCCGUCGAGUAGUUGCAUUGCAGGAGAAUGUUAUGGAUCAUGUUCCAGGAGAGGGUGAGACAUCUUUCGCAUGGAGCAAGCAGAAAAGUGGCAACCCCCUUAACAAGUCUGAUGAGUCUGAGUGUUCUUCUAUUUUUGUUGAGCCUUUAAAGUGGAUGACAGCAGUUGAGGGAGGUAUGGUGGAGGGCAAGUUGUCCUGUGCUCAUUGUGAAGCUCGUUUGGGCUACUUCAAUUGGUCUGGUAUACAAUGCAGUUGUGGGAGCUGGAUUACUCCUGCCUUUCAGCUCCAUGAAAGCCGAGUAGACGUCAGCACUGUCUAAUACCUUCUAGGCAAAAGAAGAUGCCAGCUUAUCAUUUGACCACAGAAAGGCUCAGUUCUCUCAGCGAAUUUGAUACCAUGAAGAAGGGUAUGCUAUUUCGCCCACAGUCUGCACUUGCACAGAAUGAGCAAGUCCCGGAGCAUUUUUCGAAGUUGCCAUGUAUUUUUCCACAAAUAUCUUUGUGAAGCUGGAGCUGUAGGUUUGUAAUUCGAGAGAAAUAUUGCCAUGUAUUUGGUGUAUGAUAUGUUCAUGCAAUUAUACCAAUUUGCUUGGUAGUUGGAGUUUCUCCAAAUUGCUUUGGUCCUAAAAAAUGUCUUUGGUUAAUAUCUCGAGGAGAUAAUUGAAAAAACAAGACAUGAAAACAUAA